AUAAAAAAGGACAAAGCGCGGAGCAGUGUGGGUGAAAGAAGAAAGAUAAACACACUCAGAAAUGGCUCUGAAGAAAGAUGAACAAGCAGAUGAUGUGUUGCAGACUAAAGGGGAGUCCGACUCAGAGAUUAAGCUAAUUCUUUACCACUGGACUCAUUCCUUUAGUUCCCAAAAGGUGCGCUUAGUAAUUGCUGAAAAGAAAUUGAAGUGUGAGGAACAUGAUGUAAGUCUGCCCCUGAGUGAACACAACGAACCAUGGUUUAUGCGUUUGAACUCUUCUGGAGAAGUGCCUGUCCUCAUCCACGGGGAAAACAUUCUUUGUGAGGCAACUCAGAUCAUUGAUUAUCUUGAGCAGACUUUUGUGGAUGAAAAUACACCCAGGUUAAUACCUGAAAAGGAAAGCAUGUAUUACCCACGAGUCCAGCACUACCGAGAACUCCUUGACUCCUUGCCUAUGGAUGCCUAUACACAUGGCUGCAUCCUUCACCCAGAACUAACAGUGGACUCCAUGAUCCCUGCAUAUGCAACAACAAGGAUUCGCAGCCAAAUAGGUAAUACUGAAUCUGAACUGAAGAAACUUGCCCAAGAAAAUCCAGAUCUUCAGGAUGCAUAUAUAGCAAAGCAGAAACGUCUUAAAUCAAAGCUACUGGACCAUGACAAUGUAAAAUAUUUGAAGAAAAUACUUGAUGAGCUUGAGAAGGUUCUGGAUCAAGUUGAAACUGAAUUGCAAAGGAGAAAUGAAGAGACCCCAGAGGAGGGCUGCCAGCCUUGGCUCUGUGGUGAAUCUUUCACGUUGGCAGAUGUCUCGCUUGCUGUCACAUUGCAUCGACUGAAGUUCCUGGGGUUUGCGAGGAGAAAUUGGGGAAACGGAAAGCGACCAAACUUGGAAACCUAUUACGAGCGUGUCUUGAAGAGAAAAACAUUUAACAAGGUUUUAGGACAUGUCAACAAUAUAUUAAUCUCGGCAGUGCUGCCAACAGCAUUCCGGGUGGCCAAGAAAAGGGCCCCAAAAGUUCUUGGCACCACCUUUGUGGUUGGUCUGCUUGCAGGAAUGGGAUAUUUUGCUUUUGUGCUUUUCAGAAAGAGAUUUGGCAACGUGUUUUUAUCCCUGAGAGCAAGACAAAAUUAUUUCUAGGCUUGUGCUGUGUUGGCUAUGGCAACUGAUGCAGCCUUUCCAAUCGACACUGCUUUCCUAGGGCUGGUAAAGAAUUAUCCCAAGUGAGUAGGAAAGUGUACUGAUUUAAUUUCCUUUAUUCUCUGACUAGCUCAUUAAGUAAGGGCAAGCUAUAGGUUCAUUUAUUUAUUUAUUUAUUUAUUUGUGCUUUGGUAAAUUUUGAAUACUUGUUUGCAAGGUUGAAUUAAUCCAUCUUUAAAAAAAAAUGGACAGGUUGAAUUUAUAUAAAAGAUGUCUUAUAGAGCUAGACAAUUGCUUCAAGAUUGUGAUUUCCCCUCUUGCUGCAUAAAUAAAAAGAUAUGCUACUGAAUUAUUUAUGAAAUUUAUUAUUGUAAAAAGUCAAUAGCAGUAACCUAUGCUUGCAUGUAUUUCUUUAUCUGAGCAUCUCAAAGUACUUUCUGAAUCUGUUCUCAUUGGUCCUUGCAAUAUCCCAUGACAUCAGUGGACAUUAUUCAUACAAGCUAGAAAUCUACUCUGGUAGUCUACGCCAAUAGGCAUCCACCUAUUUAGCUUAAAGAGUCUUCAGAGAUCUACAUUUCUACCCUUUCACUGGUAGCUUAAGGCAGAAUGGGGAAAAAAAGAAGAGGAAGAAAUAAAAGAGAAAGAGAAGAAAAGAUAUAAAUUCUACCAUAUAAAAUGUUGGCAGUUUAUUCUAACGUUGGUCCAUCAGGGCCUUUCAUUGCUUGUCCCUUUGCUCAAUAAUACAUUUAACCAGAUGUCUUGCUAGAACUCUUGGACCUGUGAUAGCAAGGAUGAAAGUAUUUUUGAAGGUUGUAGUUUGGAGAAGAGCCUGAAAUUUACCUCUAUAACAUUGCAUUUAAACCUGGUUUUACAUUUGAAUCUUUAAUAAUGUCAAUUGCUUUUCCAGUUGGAAAUCUGGCUAAGAUUACCAAGAGAAUAUAUUCUCCUUGCCUAGAAAAACAGUGAAACAUGCCUGGUUAAGGGUUAUAUUGCCAUUAGUGAUGAAGCAAAGCAGUCUUACUUUCCAAAAUUGAACCUAAGAGAGCUUAAGGAAGUGUCUUGGUUUUUCUUAUGUUGGGUACCAUGAAUAAAUACGAGAAACCUAAACUGAAAUAAGCUUCAAUAUUCAGAAAGGGGCAAUUUGGUGUAAUGGAAUAAGUUGUGGACCUGGAGUUAGAUCACUUCAAUUUUUGACUUUGCUUUGCCAUCAACUUAGAACAAUCUUUUGAUCUCUCUAAGUCCCAGUUUUCUCAUCUUUAAAAGGAAGGGAUGAGCCUAAAUGAUCUUUAUGGUCCCUUUUGACUCCAAAGUUUCUGUGAAAAACUUGCCCCAUGCCUGCCUCAGGCUGGCCAUAUAGAAAUGGCCAAAGAAUGCACUCAUUCCUCGCUCUUCCUUUUCAUUAAUGGAAAACAGUCAUACCUAGAAAACAAUAACUUGUUGUCAGUGGUAAAAAGCAACACAUUUCUGUAAUUCCAUGGUAUGUUCCAACAGUUGGGGAAAUCUUGAUGUACUGGAUAUGCUCCAUUUAUAAAAACUGAAUAAAGUCUACAGAGUAAAUUUAAUCCAACAACAUUAAUAUAUUGGCAGUUUUGAUUAUGUUUUUGCUUUUUAUAAUUAUGCUGUAAUAUAUCUGCAUUGAUUUGCCUCUGGAAAAUUUCACUGCAUGUAUUUAUAAUGUAACUCAUCACUGAAGGCAUUAGUAAAUUGUUUGUGGUAUUUCCAGGUUAUUCAGGUUACUGUCAUGUUAAAAGUGGGAGCUUCAGAAUGGCAAAAUAAAAAUUGCAUUUUUAUAAAAAUCAGGAGAAAACUUUCAUUGAAAAAAAUUCCUUGGCUAGGACACAGAGCAGUAGUUUGAUGCAGGCCAGUUUUCCAGUUUUCAUUGUUAAUAUGACAAAGACAAGACUAAUAAAGUUUUAUGAAAAACUUGCAAUCCUUUGUGUGCAAAGGUGGUGCCAUGGACACCUAUCUGGGAUGUCACUUGAUACAAGUUGUAUGGAAACUUUUUGAUGGAUUAAAAUAACCACAAGAUGUCGCUCUUCAACUAGUACUACUCAGCUGAUAUCCGUUCAGGAUGAACAAGUGAAGAAUUGGUUUCCCUUGUGUCAAUGUAGAAAACUUUUCCAUGAGAUGAGUCUAUUAGAAGACCACUAGUGCAAUUGAUUGCUUAUACUAUAGAAAAGCACAUCCACACUGGAAAGCCCAGAAUUGUACUGCACAGCUAUAGAACCCAAUAUGUGCAAUCAACACAAACUGUUUUUAGAAUACCCUUGUUUGCCAGAUACUCUAUAUAUUUCUAUUCAUGAUCAUGAGGCCGGCUUAAUUGGCCCACAAUACACACUGCUGAGUCACAAAUUUUUUUUUGUCAAUUUCAAAAAAGUACUAUAAAGUUCAAAAAUUGAAAAAUAUUAUAGGCACUAAGAAGGAACUUCAUCUUAGGUUGUUUGCUGAAGCCUUAUUACUAUAAUCUUGUUUUCUAACUUUUGCAGUCACACAUGUAUUGGUUCUAUUUUCUGAAGUUUUUGUGUAACUUUUGGUAAUUCUGGGUGUUGACAAUAAUUUAUGGAUUAAAUAUAAUACUCAGUUACUUUUUUCUCUGUUAUCUCUUCUUCACUGAACACAAUAACAUAUAAACAGAAGUAGAAACGCAAGGUAAUAUUUUCAGUGUAACCCCUUUAAGUGUAAUUGGCUAAUAAACAUGGAUUUUAAAGCAAAAAUAA